CUAACGUAAUAAGAGAUUAGUUUGUGCAAGUCACAAUACGUGUAUUGCACAAAUCCGGAACAUUUCCGUCGGAAUACAUUCCCUUAGCUAUAGCAUGUUUUAAUCGUCCCGUGUGUGCAGCAGACAUGGUAGAGCCGACAACACACAACUUUGCAUCCAUAAAGGAGGAGCUGGGCUUCUGGAAGGAGCAGGCAGAGAGACACCAGCAGAGGGCUGAGGAGGCUCAGGAGGAGCUGCAGGAAUUCCAGCAGAUGAGUCGAGACUAUGAAGCAGAACUGGAAACAGAACUAAAACAAUGUGAGGGUCGAAACAAAGAGCUGCUGCUAGACAACAAUCGACUUCGCAUGGAACUGGACAAUAUAAAGGAGAAAUUUGAAUCCCAGCAUUCCGAUGCUUUGAGGCACAUCUCAACCAUGGAGGAAGAUCUGGCAGAGACCAGAGCAGUUAGAGAUCACCUGCAGAAGUAUAUCAGAGAGUUAGAGCAGUCCAAUGAUGACCUGGAGAGAACCAAAAGGGCUACCAUCAUGUCUCUGGAGGACUUUGAGCAGCGGAUGAACCAGGUCAUCGAGAGGAAUGCCUUUCUUGAAAGCGAGCUGGAUGAAAAAGAGAAUCUGCUCGAGUCUGUUCAGAGGCUCAAGGACGAAGCUCGAGACCUUCGCCAGGAGCUGGCUGUACGACAGAAGGAGAGACGGCCAUCCAGCAGCUUGGGCGCAGAUCGACCAGAUCUGUCGUGUCCAUCAGCUGGGAAUCCCUCCAUCCCUGUCACACCCUCCAAACCUAUCAGCUCAUAUGUCACACCUCCAGCAUCCAGCAUUCGACGAGGAGAUGGUCUAACAGGGACACCCCUCACUACAUCUGCUAGAAUAUCUGCUCUCAACAUCGUAGGGGAGCUGCUGAGAAAAGUUGGGAAUUUGGAAUCAAAAUUGGCAUCCUGUCGAGACUUUGUUUACGACACGUCUGUUCCCAGACCAGCACUUCCAGCUGGACCUGGUAGUUCUUCAGGUUUAGAAGCAGGUCCUGAGGUCCAAGCUACCAGCUUGAGCCCACCGCCACUUUACGACAGUUUAGUGAAGCGGUUAGAGUUUGGACCAGCUCCUCCUAGAGGGGUCUCCCAGGGGGCCCAGUCUCCACAGGGAGGGGUCAAGAUCUUGCUAUGAGAAAAGAAGAAAAUGGCGAGCCCCUUUCCCUCGACCCUCCUCACCAACCCAGUAAACUACAGCAAUGGGACUGUGAACUGAGCUGUCUUUCCCCUGUCGACAUGUGCCCUGCUGAACUGUUCGAACAAGAAAGCAGAGUGUGUCUGUCCAUCAGCGCGUGGACUUCUGCUGCCUCAGGCUAGUAUCACACCAUAUCACAGGAGGCAGCACUGCAGAUCGUGUAAAGUCAAGGAACACAGAAACUACCACUCACAUUAUAUCAUCCAUUGUAUGCUGUGGUGGGUAGCAGCUAAAAAAAAACAAAAACACUUUGUGAUGAUGGACUGUCCGUGUCUAUUGCUUUCUGUGAUGGAUCAAGCACAGCAGGGCUUUGGAAACAUUACUGCUCCACAAAACUCAUUCAGUGUAGUUUGCUACACUUCUUGCCCAAUAAUUUUGACCCAAAUAAGGGUCUGUUAUAUGAAUUACUGGCACGAGAAAGUGACACUGGUGUAGGGACCAAGAACCUGGAGUGUUAUUGAUUUAAAGAUAAAGGUUCAAACAAGCAGAUAUUGUAUAAAUGACCAAGUCCGAACCAAAGCUGUGAUAAAUGGGAAAAACUAACACAAAAGCACUGAGUUAGGUUUUCUCUCUUUAGUAAAAAAAAGUAAUUACUUAUCAAUGUUUUCAUACUGGUUCUUUGAACUUGAAACAAUCUUGCUCUGAGCAAGACAGAUUGAUAUGAUUGGUUAAAAAGAUGGCAAAAAUUGUUGGGUUUUUUUCUCGAUAUGACCCCAGCCUGAGUAAAUGCCGAGAAUAAAUUAGUUGCUGCUGCGAAUUGGUAUUUUAGCCAUCGCUGCCUUUUUAUUACUGCUAUUCCCUCUUCACUUUGUGGGCUUUGCAAUGCUGUGAUUCCAAUAACCAACCUAAUUGUGGAAAAACUAAAAUAGGUUAUCCAUUUCUUACACCGUCAGGACAUUUUGAAAUGAGGGAAUGCCGCUUUCCUUUGGGAUAGUUUAACCGAUCUCAUUGGUUAUUUUUUUUUUUUUCAAUUCAUUCUGACCCAGGUCGUCCUUCUAUCACCUCUUUCCUGCCAUUGCACAGACUUGUUUUAUCAGACCAAUUAUUUUUGUUGUGCAAGGCUGAUAAAUGUGAAGAAUAGCUAUAGGUGUUCUGCCUCAGAGAUAAGAGUUGUCAUGCUGCAGAUUUAGUGUUACCAAUAACUUUUUUUUUUUUAAACUUUAGUUCAGUGUAGACUUUAGAUGGGCACAUGUGCACUACUGAAUGUAAAGUAAUACUUCUCUAAUGGAUCUGGGACGAUGUUUCUGCCAUCAGGGUUUAUAUGGUGGAUAUAUAGUAAAAGCAAUAAUAGAGUUUAACAGGUCAAAGAUAAGCACAGUUCAUAGUAUAUUUGUGUAGGUAUAUAGAGCCUAUAUUAAAUACCCUUUAACUGCCUCUUAGUGAGAAAAUGUUGUGAAUUGGGAAAUUGAGUGAUGAACAGUUUUAAUGUGAUAUCUAUGCUUUUCCCUGAAAUGUUUCUGGUUAAAUCCGAUGUUGUCACUACUGCCAUCCAGCAGCUCAUUAAGCAAAUAUUACAGUUGCAUAUCUGAAUAUUAGCGUUAUGCAGUAGUCAUCACUGUAUACUGCACUGUAGCCUGUGUGUAGGAAUGUAACCUGAGAACUGGAGUUUCUGCUCCUCUUUGCUAUUUAACCUUCUUGGGAUUAACAUGAGCUAACUGUAACUGUAAUCCUUGACCACUGUGUCCUGGCUGUUGGUAUGCAGCAUCUCUGCAACUGCUUCUGUAUGUUGACUUCAAAACUGUAUGUGCCUGAGGUACUAUACCCAUCUUUUAUCCUGCUGGUUUGCAGUUGUUUUUCUAUUGAACUGAGAAUAAUGUUAUGUUGUGCAGAAUCAGUUACUGACCAAGAAAGAAACAUUAAAAGGAAAAAGUCAAAGUA